GCCCUUCCAAAUCCUUGCCCUGCCUUAUGUCUGUGUGUCUGCGUGCCGUGUAUGUACCUAAGGUACCUGACUUUGUUCCACCGCAGUGAGACCUUAAUACCUAAUUACCCCAGCUCUCAAGCCUCAACCAGCUCCCUGGGCGGGCAAGCCUGCGAUUUCCUACACAUUUUAGCCCACUUGCAGCCCGUUUCUACCCCUCGAAAAUUCCUACAACGUGCACUUGCUACGUAAGUUUAAGAUACACGCAUGAACACUCCUCCGGUCACACUGCUAACCCUUGUUUAGGCACAUGUGCUCAUGCAGCAUCGUGGAACACCGCAUGAAGAGAGACCUGGCUGGUUGGUCG